AAAACCCGCUCUCAUCUUUACUCCUCAUCUUCUGCGUCCAAAGGUCACGGCACGGGUAGAGCGUGCACACUUUUGGGGGAGAGUGUGUACGCUGGAGUGUGUGUGAGCCAGUAUGCCAUGUCGUCCCCUGGCUCGUCGUUUGUGCAGAUAAAACACGAGGAUCUGCUCUUCUAUGAGAACUGCGGAGGAGGCAGCUUUGGGAGCGUCUACAGGGCCCAAUGGAUAUCUCAGGACAAGGAGGUGGCAGUGAAGAAGCUUCUGAAGAUUGACAAAGAGGCAGAGAUUCUCAGUGUUCUGAGUCAUAAGAACAUCAUUCAGUUUUAUGGAGCUGUGCUGGAAUCUCCCAACUAUGGCAUCGUCACAGAAUAUGCCAGUGGAGGGUCCCUGUAUGAGUACCUGUCCAGUGAGCAGAGUGAGGAGAUGGACAUGGAGCAGAUCAUGACGUGGGCCAUACAGAUAGCUAAAGGGAUGCACUACCUCCAUGCAGAAGCUCCCAUAAAAGUCAUCCACAGAGACCUCAAGUCACGCAAUGUGGUCAUGACGGCAGACAAAGUGCUCAAGAUUUGUGACUUUGGAGCAUCAAAGUUCUUGUCCCAUACUACACACAUGACGGUGGUGGGCACCUUUCCCUGGAUGGCUCCGGAGGUCAUUCAAAGCCUGCCUGUGUCUGAGACCUGUGACACAUACUCCUACGGCGUGGUUCUGUGGGAGAUGCUGACUCGUGAAGUACCUUUCAAGGGCUUUGAAGGGCUGCAGGUUGCAUGGCUGGUGGUGGAGAAACAAGAGAGGCUUACCAUCCCCACCAGCUGUCCAGCAAGUUUUGCAGAGCUGAUGAGGAAGUGUUGGCAAGCGGAACCAAAGGAGCGUCCACAGUUUAAACAGGUGCUGGUAACCUUGGAGACCAUGGCUAACGAUAGUAGGCUACCUGACCAGUGCAACUCCUUUCUACAUAACAAGGACCAGUGGAGGUGUGAAAUUGAGUCCACCCUGGAGCGCCUUCGUAAGCUAGAGCGAGAACUCUACUCCAAGGAGAAGGAGCUGGAGGAGCGUGAAAGGAGGCUACGGCUGUGGGAGGAGAGGUUGAUGGAGCGGUCCAACAUGACUCCCAGUCCCACCUCCUUACUGAUGGAUGGGUCCAGCAUGUCGCCACAGUUCUUCUCACCGUUGUCCAUUGGUUCCACUGGUUCUUCUUUCUUCCGUUCACACUCUCAAGACUCCAACAGUGCUGGGGUCAGCAGUGCGGGGGUCAGCUGCCUCCUUCGCACACUCAGCAACGGCGACAGCGAGAGAGGAAGUAGUGCCGUUCUGGAGAGGGGGGUGGGCUCUCUGGACAGCGGGCGGCUGCACGUCAUGCUCCGAGGCUUGCAGGGGAGGUUCGGAGAGGAGGAAGACGAGGGCACCCUGGAGGAGAAAGGCUGGGGUCAGAGAGAUGAAGGAGGGAGCGUGGAGGGAGGACGAGUGCAGGUGACACUCCGAAGCUUCCCAGGGGGGAGGCUGGAGAGGGAGGAGAGGACCUGGGAGGAAAAAGACACAGAGAGAGGGGGGAUGCAAAGAAGCAGGGUGACCACCAUCCUCAGAGGCUACUCGGGGGGGUUCGGAGAGGCGGAGGGGGAGAAAGAGGCAGAAAAAGUGGAUGAGGGAGGACUAGAAGGAGGAAGGCUUCCGGCCAUGUUUAAGGGUCUCCAUGGCAGCUUAGGGGGCUUGGGGGACAUGCUGUCCUUAGACAUGGAUGACAUGGGGGAGAUGGACGACAUAGGGGACCUGGGGGUCAUGAAGGUCAGAAGCGAGCUGGGAGUGAGGGGUCAUAGGAGCGACAUGGUGGUCCAGGGAGUCCGAGGCGACCUGAGCGAGGCCAUCAGCCAAAAGAUCAGAGGUGAGAUGGGGGUGAUGGGUCACUCAGGGGUGCAGGUGAGCAUGCGGGCCUCAUCCAAUCAGAACUCUGUUAAGAGCUGCAGCGUGCGACAUGGUUCCAAAAUCAACAUGGCCACUGCCGCUAUGGACAUGAUGGAGCUGGACUGGUCUGACAGCGAUUAGAAGGAGAGACAGCGAGGCCACACCGUUGUUGGUCUGGAGGUGCAAAAACACACUUUUGUUCAAAUGUUCCUUUUGUAUCAAAGCAAUGCAUACUAAAACAUUGUGUACUGUAUGUGCGGCCAAGUGGGAAGUACUUCACCUGUGUAGUUUACUGCUACAUAACACACUGUAACUAGCGACUGACAUUGUUUUUCUUAGCUUAGUUUGAUUUCAGACAAACUGUGAUUUUGUGUGUGAAUUUUUGGCAUUUUCAUUUUUCAAUAAAAA